AUGGUGUUCGCGAAUUCCACGGAUUUAAUGGUUUUCAAUGAUUUAUACCAAUUGAACAAGAUAAUACAAUCAAUCAAUCAACUACACAAUAUGUCAGCUCAAGAAAUCAUCAAUGAAAUCAAUAAAGUUAAAUUUGGUUUAGGUCUUAUGAGUUUUACAUGGAGACCAGAUCCAUAUCCACAAUCAUCAUUUAAUGAAUCAGUUUUAGCAGCAAUUGAAAAAAAUUUACCAAAUAAAACAUUUGUUAAUGGUGGUGAAUUUUAUGGUGCUGAUUAUUUGAAUUUAAGAUAUAUUCAAAGUUUUUUAGAAACUUAUCCUGAACAACGUGAAAAUUUAAUCAUUUCAAUUAAAGGUUCAGUUGAUUUAGCCAAUUUAAGACCAUUAGGUGAUCGUGAAAAUUUAAAUAAAUCAAUUGAUAAAGUUCUUGAAUUCAUUCCAGAUUUAGAUAUUUUUGAAAUCCCAAGAAUUGAUCCAACAGUUACUUUAGAAGAAACUAUUACAACAUUAAAUGAUGCAGUUGAUAAUGGUAAAAUUAAGGCAAUUUCAGUUUCUGAAGUUAAUGCAACUACAUUAGGUAAAAUUGCUCAAAUUUCUAAACAUCCAAUUGCAGUUGUUGAAAUUGAAUUUUCUAUAUUUUCAAGAGAUAUUUUGGAAAAUGGUUUAGCUGCAAAAGCUGGUGAAUUAGGUAUUCCAAUUGUUGCUUAUUCACCAUUAUCAAGAGGUUUAUUAACUGGUGAAAUUAAAGAUUUAUCCAAAAUUCCAAAAGGUGAUAUUAGAUUACAUUUUGAUAGAUUUAAAGAAGAAAAUUUCAUUAAAAAUCAACAAAUUGUGGAAUUUAUUACCCAGGCUGCAAAGGAAAAGAACGUUACACCUGCACAAUUUUCAUUAGCUUGGAUUAGAUAUCAAAGUGGUAAAACUAUUGAUGAAAUUAAAUUACCAAAAAUUAUUGAUAUUCCAAGUACUUCAUCAGCUAAAAGAGUCCAGGAAAAUUUUUCAAAUGUUGUUUUAACUGAUGAUGAAUUUAAUAAAGUUCAAAGUUUUAUUAAAAAUGUUACUGUUCAUGGGGUAUUUGAGCUCAUCAACAACAAACCCACAUCCAAAUACUUUUUCAAAAUGGCUGGUUAUUCAAUCUAUUUACGUGUCAUAAUUUUUUCAUUCAUAAUCUAUAAAUUGAUCCAAGAUCCAAGAGAACUAGGACGUCAAAUAUCUUCAUACACAGUGAGUUAUACCCCUAAUAAUCCCUCAUACAGACUACUAACAACACCUCCCAAACAGAAGAGUAAAAUCAUUUUUACAGAAUCAGAAUCUUCAUUAUUUGCAACAUUAUUAAUAAUAUUAGGACUAAGUGAUUAUUUACCAUAUUUAGAAGAUAAUCAAGAUUAUUUUGAUUCAAUUGUUCCAGUUAGAUUUCUUUUAGGUCUUGGAUUAACACUAGGAUCAUAUUUAGAAUUAGUUUCUAUCUUAUCAAGUCCUUUGGUUUUUUGGUUUGGAGUUUUGGAAAUUUUGACUAAUGGAUUGAUGUUGAUUGAUGUUUAG